AUGUUUGUGUGGCCGCGAAUUCGAAUCGAUUGUUUGACAGACAUGUUGCCCCAACUUGUUGUUUUUGGCUCAAGCUUGCUACCCCGCGGUUGGAUGGACCGCGCACUGACGCCCUUCGUGGUGGGGGCUUCGGUGAGCACCUGGGCCUGGUGGAGAGGCUUUUUCGGAAGCCAGCUGGGAGAGACUCUUGCCCAGGCUGUGGUUUCUAGAGGAGCUGGGCUGGUGUUUCCUUCUUUGUCCACCGGGUCUGGUGAUCCUUUUGGGGCUUUGGUUCAGUUGAGUGGUGUUAUAGUGCUACUGCACCUUUGGCCUGAGCUCAACCAAUUGGGUCGCAUCGUAUUGCGCUCGCUGAUCGCAUUGGGUUGGGGAUUGCUUGCACUGGUCGAGCUUGUUUCGCUGGCUAUCCAGUGGCUUGUGCGUCAGUGUUUUUGGUUGCUGGGCAAGGCCAGUGAACUUCAAGAACAGGAAGCUUUCUUUACCUUGAGUGGUAUGGCCUUGGCUGCUGGUCCACCUGUUCCCAUAGGUUCCUUCGUGCUGAUUAGCCGGCCGCCGGAAUGGGACGAGGUGAUGAUUGGGGCUUUUACGGACACUCACAGUCAUGCCAUUUGCAAGACUACCAAUGCGGACGGAGACGCAUGGAUCUGGGUUUUGAUCAGGGUGGAUGGAUUGAAUAUGAGGCUCCCUACUUUGGUGGCCCAUGGGGAGCGACGUGCGCCGGGGGGCAUAGUGGAUGGGGAUGUGAACUGGAUUUGUACACCCCCAGCUGGCAAUACUCAAUGGCGCCCUGGGGCAGCAGAGAUUCCCAAUAUUGCAGCGGAAGCCAACCUGAUUUUAGCUCAGUACAAUGCUUCGGGGAGUGGCUGGACCCAGAACAUUCCUGGAACGUCAGGGCCCUUGGUCGAGAUAGCCCAUGUGGGGGGUGGAGUGCCUGGUCCUCUGGCCGCCGGCGGAGGGGCUGCGGCAGCGGCGCCGCCCGCGGGUGUCGGUCUGGGGCUGGGUGGCGAAAGUCCUUCAGGUGCAACAGGCCAGGACUUACAGGCCUUGGAAGCAGCGGUCCGAGAUUUGCAGAGAUUGGCACUGAGUCCAGGGGGAAAGUCACAGGUGACCAAGAAGAGCAAGAAGAAGGACCGGAAGCAUGCCAAGAAGAGCUCAAAGAAGAAGAAGAGAAAGAAGACCAGGAAGCACUCAGGCAGCAGUUCGGAUUCCAGCAGUUCGACAAGUUCGAGCACCUCCCGCUCCAGAAGCUCACGGAGUUCGUCGGACGACAAGAAGAGCAAGCCGCUGCGCUGGAGAGAGCAUGGGAAGGACAAGUCGGUGUCGUAUGCAGAUCUGACCCAUGUCGAUGCCCUCAAGCUCAAGCGCAAAGGCGAUUUGUUGGCGUUUGCCAGCAAGCAUCCAGGGGCCUUGACUGCUCAUUUUCUGGCAGGUGUCUACAGUCGCCUCAGCAAGGGUUCAUUGACCAGGACAGGGCAACUUCGGGAUGUGAGUGUGACUUCAUGGGCCCACCAAUUCUCGGGCCUGACAGAAGUCCGAGACCUCAAGGAGGUUGUCACCCUGGCCGAGAUCCUGGACUCAGUGAAUCGCAAGGAGAUCUCUCGAGCCUUGGAUAUCAUUUGCCAGCGAAUCAUCGCCAUCCAAUCGGCGAAGCAGAAGGGAGGCUCUUGGGAAAAAGCGGAGGCCUGGUUCAGACGGGGUGGACGAUUGGGUUCUCAGAUGCCUUUUGAUGUUUACUACCUCCAGAUGGCGGGGGCAUUGAGUGAUGCCCUCAAGGGUGGUUGUGAUCCGCUUGGUUUCUGUGAUCUUUUUCGUAGCAUGCUGUGGAACAAGGGCCGUAGCAAGUGCAUGAAUGAAUUCAACAAGCUGCAGCCAUCAGAUGGUCGGGUGAAAGGUUUCUCUCCCUCCAAUGUUUUUCCUUUGCCGCCGUUGCCAGCUGGGUACACUUUGAAGGGUUCAGUUGGUGGUGACCGAGGGGAGGCCAUUCGGAGAGGUGGUGACUUAGUUCUUCUGGCCUUGAACUGGCUGCAUGGGGGCCGUGGCGAUCUUAUUCCGAACAUUGUCACGGCUGCUCACCAACGUGUUUUUUCCAGGGUGGAGGAGACAUUGAAGGCUCUGGUGAUGACAGAUGAGCCUACGAUGGGGCCGCAGGGGCUCGAUCAUUUCAUGAGACAGUCACAGCUCUACACCGGUUCAGGUGUGGUGCUUGCCCUGGGUGUGAAGGGUGGGGUGCCAGACAAGGCAGCUGAUGUGGAUUUGGCUGGUCACCUUGAGGAGCACUUCCCUUGGAUGGCUAAGCAGGUGCUCAAUCCUUCGUGCCUGCUUCUGCCGCCAAAGCAAAGGCCCAAGCGUGUCAAGAGAGGAUUCACUUGGACUGCGCCCUCAUACCCGGAGCUGGUUAAGAAGAACGUCAAGGGGGGAAAGAGGCUAAUGUAUCCCGCUGCUCAAUCAGCUCCCAUGGGCUUCGGUCCUUCAGCUGGUUGGGCCCAGGGGCUCACUGACGUUGUUGCCAAAGAUGCUGACUUACCUGAGCACUGCCGUUUGCAUCCAGACAUGAUCAUUCCUGCGGAACUACCUAUCUGGGGGUCGAUCAUAGAUGACAUUUGGGGCAUGGACCAUCUACAUGACCAAUCUGCCACAGGCAUGGGCCCGGAGUGGCUUAGCCGAGCAGAGGAUGCAUGGUGCCUCAGGGGAGUUGAGCCAAACAGUAAGAAGACGGUGAACUUGGGCUUAGGUCAAGAGGUGCAGGGCUACUAUGUUCAUCCCACUGAUCAUUGGGUGGGGCUGGCCAUGGAGAAGCGUCGAGCAUUGUAUCAGGCUUCCAUGACAGCGCUCAUGCGACCAAAGAUUGUGGUCGAUUUUUCAAGCAGUUUAUCCUUGGUUGACGGCUAUUCGAUGCGAGAGGCGAGCAUGGGUGAGUUGGCCAGCGGAAGUGGUCAUGAGGUAUGGUAUCCAUGGUUACCUAGCAAAGACAAUCCUGCAGACGAACCAUCUCGGCGCUUCGAGCCAGUGGGGCCGGAGCCCACCGCGUGCAAGGAGGAUGCUUUCUUACUGGGGUCCUUGCGAGAUGCGACUCUGAAAAAGUACGCAUUGGCACUCGAGCGCCUCAACAAUGAACUGCGGCGCCAUGACAGGCAUUGGGCUAACAUGUCAGAAGAGGAGCAGGACCUUUUUCUAGCUGAGUGGCUGGUUGAUGGGUGCGAAUCCGGGGCAUCAAAGACUGAGUAUGGCUGGGCCCUUUCAGCUGUCCAAAAGCUUUUCCCACGGAUGCGCGUGCGAACUGCGUGGAAAGUGUUUGAUGCCUGGUCACAAUUUGCCCCAGUCCGGCAGGCGCCGGCGGCACCUCCUGAGUUUCUUCAUGCACUUGUGAGCAUUGCAAUGUUGCUGAAUCGUUUACCGCUUGCAGCUUUAAUUGUGGUGUGUUAUGCUGGGCUACUACGGGUACGUGAGGCUUUGCAACUCACGUAUGCUGAUCUAAUUUUGGGGGUUGAUGAGAUAGUUCUGUGCCUCGGGCAUACCAAGAGGGGCACUGAGCAGAAGGUCCUGCUUCGCAACUCUACAGUGGUCCAAUUCCUGUUGCAGUACAUCUCUUAUAGUCGGAAGCAUGAUUCAGACCUGGUCUUCAACAUAGGCUACUCUACGGCUCUCAGGUGGGUUAAACGUCUUUCAUGGCUCCUGGGAGGAGACGAGUGUGUGGUUACCACACACACUUUUCGCCGGUCCGGAGCUUCUGAACUGGCACGCCAAGGCACUCCCAUGGCUGACAUCCUAGUCUAUGGCAGGUGGCAAUCUGAUCGUGCGGCUCGUGAGUAUGUCAGGCAAGGGGAAGUCGCAAUUCAUAGAGCCAGACAGGCCAUGAAUGCUGAUCUGAGGCGGCGUGUUCGCAACUGGGCUUCACUG